AUGAAUAUAGAAGUUGAGAAAGUUGUCCUUGAUAAGGCUCCUCAAAAUGCUCAAUACAUUGCGCAUGACAUACAAAAGCAAAUCUUACAUAUUUUUGCUAACAAGGUGAGGAAGGCAAUUUGUAAGGAACUUGGGAAGAACAAAUUUUGUAUUCUAGUUGAUGAAUCACUUGAUGAAUCCGAUAAGGAACAAAUGGCUAUUAUUAUAAGAUUUGUUGAUUGUGAUGGAUUUAUUCGUGAACGCUUCUUCGAUAUUGUGAGUCUUGUAGACACUAAUGCCUUGACUCUUAAAAAAGAGAUAUGCAAAGUGCUUGGUAAUAACGACAUUCUAGUGGAAAAUAUGCGUGGUCAAGGGUAUGAUGGUGCUAGUAAUAUGCGUGGUUCAUGGAAUGGCUUACAAGCAUUAUUUCUUCAAGAUUGUCCAUAUACAUAUUAUGUGCAUUGCUUUGUUCAUCGCUUGCAAUUGGCAUUAAAUGGUGUAGCUAAAGAUGUGAAAGUUUUAUGGAGGUUGUUUUUAAUGUUGACUAACAUUGUGAAUUUUGUUAGUGCUUCUGCUAAGCACCGUAGUGAGUUAAACUUAAUUAGAAAAGUUGAACUCAAUGGGUUGUUGGAUUCUGGAGAACUUGAGACAGAGACUAAAUUACUUCUUCAAGAAAUCAUUGAUCAUGGACCUAACCAACAAUUUCGUGGCGAUGUUGAGAGUAACUAUAUUGCUAUGAUGUCUUUUGAGUUUGUGUUUUCAUUGCUUCAAGAUAUGAGGGUACAUGGCUGGGAUGAUUUAUUCUGUAGUUUGGUAUCAUUUUGUGAACUACAUGGUGUUGAUGUUCCUGAUAUGGUUGAACUUCUUAUUCUUAGCUCAGCAUUGGAUCCUCGUAAUUCAUUCAAGUCAUUUAAUAUUGAGCAUAUAUGUAAACUUGCUGAGAAAUUUUAUCCUGCUGAUUUCCUUCCAAAUGAGUUGAAAGAUUUGGAAAUAGAGUUAAGGUUGAUUCGGUUGGUGUUGACUCUUCCCGUUUCUACAGCAACAACGGAACUAGCUUUUUCAUGUAGGAGAAUUAUUAAGAAUCGGCUUCGAAGCACCAUGGCUGAUGAGUUUCUUGCUGAUUGCAUGACCCUCCACAUUGAAAGAGAGUUUGCUAAUAGUAUCACUAAUGCAUCGAUAAUUGAGGAAUUUAAGACUUCUAAGUCUCGCAGGAUGUAUUUGAGGGUAAGGCUUAUUACGCCCUCCUGA